AUGCCGAUGCAGUGUGUUCGAGAGCAGUCAGCAAUAUACAGCCGAGUAGAGAAUAUUGGCCUUCCUGUCGACCACUACGGUCUGAACAAGUUCAAGUCAAAGGACAACGAGAGCUAUAAGAGUAUUGUUAGAAAGCUUCUUAGCCUAAUUGAGCCUAUUGCAGCGCAAAAGCAGCGCCGGCUCUACUCAGUCCCUGUCAGCACGGCAGAGACGUACACAGAGCGGCAAAAGCUGUCUACUGCAGUCGUUGAAGGUCUGCGCGUGCGCCACGAAAAAGCUAUCGUUCCGUACGCGCUGGCUAUCUACGGGCUUGGCGGCACAGGCAAGACGCAGUUGGCGCUGAAGUACAUCGAAGACUACAAGGACAAGUACAGCCCGAUCUUCUGGAUCGAUGCCAAGGACAAGGAGUCGGUGCUGUCGAGCUACGAGCGAUGCGCUGGCGAGCUGCAGCUCCAGGUAUCUCCUAGACAGGCGCAGAGCACCAGCCUCGUGGACUCGCCGACCGUGCAGGCGGUACUCCGGUGGCUGGAGAACCGGAAGAAGACAGACGACGCCUGGCUGGUAGUCAUAGAUAACGCUGACGAUUUUUCCUCGGGGAUCAAGAGAGUAAUACCGAGAGGAGAUCGAGGGAGUAUUGUCAUCACUAGCCAGGACAGCCACGCCCGGAAACUAGUAGAUGGAGGCUGCGAAGCAGUGCGCGUGGACACGAUGGAGCGGCUGGAAGCACGAACGCUUCUUCUUCAUCACCUUCAACUAGACCCUGAUCUGGUCACAGCAGACGUCAUACACGAAUGCGACAAGGUGGCAGAGCAGCUUGGGUACUUAGCCCUUGCUAUUGACCUUGCUGGAGCUUACAUCAGCAAUGAUGAUACCGACCCAGAGCAAGCUCUGCGACGGUAUCUACAGAGGUACACCCGCCACAAAGACAGUCUACUGCGAAGUGAAGACUCACGCGGGCUCUUAGCGAGCGAGAAGACGGUGUGGACGGUGUGGGACACGACGCUUGAGAAGAUUGAAGCAUUGGAGGUGCUCGAGGAUUCCUCUUCGGAUCUACCAGCACGUUUGCUGCUUCACUUCCUGGCUCAGUUUAGAGGCGCAAUCGUACAAGACGAACUGUUUCGGCUCGCUAGCUCUAGAGUGUUAGAUAGCCGUGAUGCGCUGUACGAUGGGGCAGCAGCGCUACCGAGCUGGCUCAGCAAAGCCCUCGCAGUAGAAAUGGAAGAAUGGGACGACUACUACUAUAAACAGACCCGAGAUCGACUCGUUCGGUACAGCCUCUUGCAACGCACUGGGGGGGAGUGGCCAGGUGUAUUAAUGCACGGGCUGGUGCAGUGGCGAGCGAAAAAGUACGAGGAGGAGCAGCCGUGGGAGAAGUGGCAUCUCAUAACUGUAUUAGCAGCAUGCACCCAGCUGUCUGGGGAGAAAGCUCGACCUCAGUUCCGAAGGGAACUAGUUGCACAUGUUCCUACAGUAGGGAAGACGUAUCUGGAUGAGUUAGAGAUAAAAGAGAAGAAAAGAGUCUUUGUAUGGCGUACAGUCAGCACGGUGUACUUCGACGAGGGGCGGUGGAAGGAGGCUGAAGAGCUGCAGUUGCAGGUGAUGGAGACGUGCAAGACGAAGCUGGGAACGGACCAUCCCGACACGCUGACUAGUAUGGCCAACCUAGCGUCGACAUACAGGAACCAAGGCCGAUGGGACGAUGCGGAGAAGCUGUUUGUGCAACUAAUGAAGACGAGCAAGACGAGGCUGGGAGCCGACCAUCCCGACACGCUGAUCAGCAUGAACAACCUAGCGUCGACAUUUUGGAGCCAAGGCCGAUGGGACGAUGCGGAGAAGCUGUUUGUGCAAGUGAUGGAGACGAGCAAGAUGAAGCUAGGAGCUAACCAUCCCCACACGCUGAUCAGCAUGAACAACCUAGCGUCGACAUACAGGAACCAAGGCCGAUGGGACGAUGCGGUGAAGCUGGAAGUGCAAGUGAUAGAGACGAGCAAGACGAGGCUGGGAGCGGACCAUCCUGAUACUUUAGCUAGCAUGAACAACCUAGCGUCGACAUUUUGGAGCCAAGGCCGAUGGGACGAUGCGGAGAAGCUGUUUGUGCAAGUGAUGGAGACGAGCAAGACGAAGCUGGGAACGGACCAUCCCGACACGCUGACCAGUAUGGCCAACCUAGCGUCGACAUACAGGAAGCAAGGCCGAUGGGACGAUGCGGAGAAGCUGGAAGUGCAAGUGAUAGAGAAGCGCAAGACGAAGCUAGGAGCGGACCAUCCCGACACGCUGACCAGUAUGGCCAACCUAGCCUUCACGUGGAAAGCACAAGAUCGGAGUGCAGAGGCUAUUGUCUUGAUGAGGCAGUGUAUGCAGCAGCGUCAGCGAGUGUUAAAAGCCAGUCACCCCGAUCUUAAGUCAUCUUUAGCAGCCUUAGAAUGGUGGGAGGCCGAGGGAGUCGACUUAUUUACAAUGUACGCUUGA